CUCCAAUCAGUGGCCGCAGUCAUAGUUGAAAGGUUACAUCCAAUAUGGCGGCCAGCAAACGAGUGCUUUAUGUCGGUGGCCUGGCGGAGGAGGUGGAUGAAAAGGUGUUGCAUGCAGCUUUCAUCCCCUUUGGAGAUAUCAUAGACAUCCAGAUACCUCUAGACUAUGAAACAGAAAAGCACAGAGGAUUUGCAUUCAUUGAGUUUGAGCUGCCAGAGGAUGCUGCAGCCGCUAUCGAUAACAUGAAUGAGUCUGAGCUUUUUGGUCGGACCAUCCGCGUCAACAUUGCGAAGCCCAUGAGAAUCAAAGAGGGUUCUUCUCGACCUGUGUGGUCGGAUGAUGACUGGCUGAAGAAGUUCUCAGGGAAAACUGUGGAAGAAGCCGAAGCAGAGGCAGCAUCUGGGGAAGCAGCCACCACAACGCAGGAGGGUGAGCCACCAGCUAAAAAGGGCAGAGUAAAUCCGCAGGUCUACAUGGAUAUAAAGAUCGGCAACAAACCAGCAGGGAGACUACGCUUCCUCCUCCGGGCCGACAUUGUACCAAUGACAGUAGAGAACUUUCGCUGCUUGUGCACACAUGAAAAGGGCUUUGGCUACAAGGGCAGCAGCUUUCACCGCAUUAUCCCUCAGUUCAUGUGCCAAGGAGGAGACUUCACCAAUCACAACGGCACCGGCGGCAAAUCCAUCUACGGCAAAAAGUUUGAUGACGAGAACUUCGUCCUGAAACACACAGCUCCAGGGCAGCUCUCCAUGGCUAACUCUGGGCCAAACACCAACGGCUCUCAGUUCUUCCUCACCACGGACAAAACAGACUGGCUGGACGGGAAACACGUGGUGUUUGGAGAACUGGUGGAGGGGAUGGAUGUGCUGCGUGCAAUGGAGGCUCAGGGAACAAAGGAUGGCAAGCCAAAGCAGAAAGUGAUCAUCUCAGACUGUGGAGAAUAUGUGUGAACUAAAAGUCUAUGUUUGUUUGUCUGUGUGAUGGCAGAUGUCUAAGACAAAGACUCUGAUUGGCCCUUCUUUUUUUUACCUAAACCCAUCUCUGUUGUCAUGUAAAUAUUUGAAUAAAUUCUUUUUUUUAUAACUAA